AUGAUCCUCCCUACUAUCAAUGCUGGUGCGCCCCCCGAUUUCGGGGUCAUGUUCUCUCUGCAUUUGGAUCCCGAACCGCUUCUUCCAGCUCAUCAUUUCAAGUCAUCCAAACUGCUUAUCGCGGCUUGGAAGAUAUUACCUGCCAUCUCACUCGUCGAAGCCGCACCCCAGAAGAUCACCACGUCCCCGGAACCCCCCAUCGACGUUCCACGUUUCAAGUGGAAUGUAUUCUGGAGACUUGGGUUCAUUUACCCCGUACAAACCUCGGACUUAAGCAUUCAUCCGGAGCUCAAUCCCCCGGACACGUGA